GGCAAAUCGUCAACACAGUGAGCCAUAUGAGAUACUACUGUCACUGCUCCUUUGUCUCUCUUCUGGCAACAGAAGCUGACAAGGCCUGAAUCACAAAGUGACACUCAGUCUCCGAGGAAGUCGUUCUGUCGUAUUAUUAUAUCUCAAUCGCCAUGGUAUAAUAGCUGAAAAGGAUCCAGGUGAAAAAGAUGAGCAUAUAGUCCUUUGGGCUCAUCAUUCAUGUUUCGACUGAAUAUGAUUAUACAAGAUAGAUGCGUACAAUCAAGGAUUAAGAGAUAAAAAGGAGCGAAACUAUCAGAUAAAAUAAGUAAUUGACUUUCACUGUACUGAAGCUACAAACGAGAAACUGUAUUAUUAAAAACCAAUUCUAGUUUCUGUUUCUGCAUUUGACAGUUGAAAAGCAUCACGGCACUGCAAAGAGCAAUAUUAACAAUUUGAAUUUUAUGACAAAAAUGUUGCGUCCUUUAUAGAAAAAUAAAUGGCAGCGACACAGAUAUGACCAAAUUAAACGUGAUUAUCGGAUGAUAUCGAAAAUCAUUCCGACUCAGUAAUUUAGUGUCAUUAGAUCUAUAAAAGCAUCUUAGACACAAUUAUAGUAGUUGAGAAACCCCAAUGGAAUUAUUUAUAAACCUGAGGAUUAUAAAAUAUAUAAGCGAGGACUCAAUGUACAGGAAGUCACGAGAAUUGGAAUAAAAAUUACUGGAUAUGCUUUUUAAAUCACAAAAUGUGGAUUAACGGCACGAUUUAUGAGAUUAUGAAGAAAUUGCCUCUGCUUGUUUUUCUGGUCUUGACGAUGAUCAGCGGCACAACAGCUGCGGGAAACGGUACUUCGGCAAAAAAGCCGAAGUACAUCAUGAUUACGAUAGAGAAACAAAUGGAACUGAUCCACAAUGCAUCUCAACAGUGCAUCACGAAAAUUCUGAAAGAUCCUGAUCCCAAAGAUGGAGUGUAUUGUGGCAUUGCGUGGGACGACAUAAUGUGCUGGCCGUAUACAAAGGCUGGGGUCAUGGCUAAACAACGAUGUCCAAAAUACAUCAAUGGAUUUGCUGAUACAGACGCAUAUGCCACAAGACAGUGUACGGAAAAUGGAACGUGGUUCAUUCACAGCGAACAUAACAAGACAUGGACAAACUUCAGUGAAUGCUACGUGGGUCAUAGGAUUCCUACAGAAAGUACAUUUCGAGUGUCAAAGAUUAUCAUUGACCACAUAGACCGAUUACAAUUGAUGUACAAUACGGGUUAUGGUCUCUCACUCGUGUCCCUUGUUAUAGCUAUCAUAAUCAUGCUUUAUUUCAAAAAACUCCAUUGCCAGAGAAACACAGUACAUAUCAACUUGUUCCUAUCAUUUAGCCUAAGAGCUGCUGUGUCAAUAUUCAAAGACAAUGCUAUGGAAAACGGUGCCUUCUUUCCAAAUGAUUUUCAUAUCAACCCAUAUGGCAGACGUGUCUUCAACCCAAAUAUAUCACACUGGGAAUGUAAACUGCUGUUCUCCAUCCUGCAUUAUUCAUUGGCAGCGAACUAUAUGUGGAUCUUUGUCGAGGCUCUUUACCUCCACAUGCUUAUAUUUGUCAGUGUCUUUUCUGACAGGCAUGGUAUCAAGUGGUACGUCGUCAUCGGAUGGUUAUCCCCCUUGCUGUUUGUAGUACCCUGGAUAAUUGUUCGUGCCACAUUAGACAACACAUUCUGUUGGAAUACUCACCCACAACCAAAUUACUUCUGGAUCACUAAAACACCAAUACUUAUUACAAUACUUGUAAAUUUCCUCUUGUUCCUUAACAUUGUACGAGUAUUAUUCACAAAGAUGAACACCCCUUCGAGCACACCUGAGGCAAGACGCUACAGGUACAGAAAACUUGGAAAAUCCACACUCGUGUUGGUUCCUCUGUUUGGUGUCCAUUAUAUCAUAUUUGUAGCAGUCCCGGAUGAAAUAGGGAAACAUUCAGAUGAUAAUAACUUCGAGAUAGGGAGACUAUACUUUGAGAUGUUCUUUAAUUCAUUUCAGGGGUUUAUUGUUGCCAUUUUGUACUGCUUCUGUAACGGCGAAGUCCAAGCAGAGAUCCGAAAAACCUGGCAAAGGUAUCGCCUCAUGCGGGGUGGAGGGUCACUUCAUUGUAGCACAAGUCGUGGAGCACCAUCACGCUACGACACUCAGACAUCUGUCAUGACAAGAAACAAUAGAAAUUCCACAUACUCAAUAGGUUCAGAAAAACUUGAAAAUGGUCAAAAUGGAUCAACAAAGAACGAAUCUCCGUCGAAUAAAAAGAAGGGGCCUUUUUCUUUUCUUAAAAAUGGUAGUCCACCGAAGGGAAAAUCUACAAAUGGCGCAUCAACUCUGAUUAGUAAGAUUCCUACGGACACUACUAAAUGCGAGACAGAAUCGUUAAUGAAGACCGAAAGUGUACUUUAACAAAACAAAUAUUGAAACAUGACGUUUAAGUGCUAUCUGGAUGACAAUCAUUAUUAUUAUUAGGAAGGGACCAGAAAAUGUAUUCUUCUGAAAAGAAAACAAUUAAUUCCAAUGUAUCAUCAAGUCUUUUGGCGACCAUAAGCAUGUGUUAUAUGGGAUUAACAUUUUACAUAUUGAUAGAGAACUCACUUAAAGAAUAUAUUUUGUAUGAAAUGUUUACCUCUAUACGUAAAUUACUUGUAUAAAUACAUGUAUGUACAUAAUAUUUAAUACGUACUGAUAAACAUCUUUUGACCGUCUCAAGUGUAUCUGGCAAAAUCACUAAACAGAAACUUACAUUUUACAGCAUUUUACUUUGUAUUACUUCAUAUUGAGGCGUACCAUUAAACAAUAGAAAAAUGAUGAGAUAUAUACAUGAUCCAAAAUAUUAGAUUUUAUCAAUCCAUAUUGGACAACAUGUAGUACAUUCUACAAAGCUCGUAUUCACAACAUAAAUCAAAAUAAAUUAUUGUAUUGUAUUCGGAUAGAUAUUAUCGCAUCGAAGUGCAAUGAAACAACGUGUAUUUAUAAGAUCUGUGAUAUAAACGUUCCUCUACUCUAGUCUUUUAUUAAGUAGAAUAGUUUAGAUGUAAACUAUGAGUUGAACAGUAAACUAUAUAUAGUUUGUAUAUUGUGUACAUAUAAUGUAAAUAUAGUCAUAAAUAAAUACGAUUAAAAUAUCA